GUGAAUUUGGAUGCAGCCGAACGGCGAGACUGAGCGUUCUUGAAUGCAAGGAAGGAGACAAUUGGAUCUGUUUGCCUAGAUUUUUUUUCUCUAUUGAAAGACUGGAAAUUCUGGAGUCAUGGGAAUAAAGGUGCAGCGUCCUCGCUGUUUUUUUGACAUCGCCAUUAAUAAUCAACCAGCUGGAAGAGUUGUCUUUGAAUUAUUUUCUGAUGUGUGUCCCAAAACAUGCGAGAACUUUCGUUGUCUUUGUACAGGUGAAAAAGGGACAGGAAAAUCAACUCAGAAGCCAUUACAUUAUAAAAGUUGUCUCUUUCACAGAGUUGUUAAGGAUUUUAUGGUUCAAGGUGGUGACUUCAGUGAAGGAAAUGGACGAGGAGGGGAAUCUAUUUACGGAGGCUUUUUUGAAGAUGAGAGUUUUGCUGUUAAACACAACAAAGAAUUUCUCUUGUCAAUGGCCAACAGAGGGAAGGAUACAAAUGGCUCACAGUUCUUCAUAACAACGAAACCAACUCCUCAUUUAGAUGGGCAUCAUGUUGUUUUUGGACAAGUGAUUUCUGGUCAAGAAGUUGUAAGAGAGAUUGAAAACCAGAAAACAGAUGCAGCUAGCAAACCAUUUGCUGAAGUGCGGAUACUCAGUUGUGGAGAGCUAAUUCCCAAAUCUAAAGCAAAGAAAGAGGAAAAGAAAAGGCACAAGUCCUCCUCUUCAUCCUCAUCAUCAUCCAGUGACUCAGAUAGUUCAAGCGAUUCUCAGUCUUCAGAUUCGUCUGAUUCUGAAAGUGCUUCCGAAGAAAAAUCAAAAAAGAGGAAAAAGAAACACAGGAAAAAUUCCCGAAAACACAAGAAAGAAAAGAAGAAGCGAAAGAAAAGCAAGAAAAGUGCAUCUAGUGAAAGUGAGGCUGAAAAUCUUGAAGCACAGCCCCAGUCUACUGUUCGUCCAGAAGAGAUUCCCCCUAUACCUGAAAAUAGAUUCCUAAUGAGAAAAAGUCCUAAAGCUGAUGAAAAAGAAAGAAAAAACAGAGAGAGAGAGAGAGACAGAGAGUGUAAUCCACCUAACUCCCAGCCUGCUUUAUACCAGAGGCGACUUUUAGUUACAAGGUCUGGCAGGAAAAUUAAAGGAAGAGGACCAAGGCGUUAUCGAACUCCUUCCAGAUCCAGGUCAAGGGAUCGUUUCAGACGUAGUGAAACUCCUCCACAUUGGAGGCAAGAAAUGCAAAGAGCUCAAAGGAUGAGGGUAUCAAGUGGUGAAAGAUGGAUCAAAGGGGAUAAGAGUGAGUUAAAUGAAAUAAAAGAAAAUCAAAGAAGCCCAAUUCGGGUUAAAGACAAAAAAAUAACUGAUCACAGGCAUGUGUCUGAGAGUCCAAACCGAAAAAGUGAAAAGGAAAAGAAAGUCAAAGACCAUAAGUCUGAUAGCAAAGAGAGAGACAUCAGAAGAAAUUCAGAAAAAGAUGAUAAAUAUAAAAACAAGGUGAAAAAAAGAGCCAAAUCUAAGAGUAGAAGUAAGAGCAAAGAGAAAUCAAAGAGUAAUGAAAAAGAUACAAAGCAUAAUAGACAUGAAGAAAAGAGGAUGAGGUCAAGGAGUAAGGAAAGGGAUCAUGAGAACAUUAAAGAAAAAGAAAAAUCUGAUUCUAAAGGAAAAGAACAGGAGAGGAGUAGAAGUAAAGAGAAGUCUAAACAGUUAGAAUCAAAGGGUAACGAGCAUGAUCAUAACAAAAGUAAAGAAAAGGAUAGACGUGCCCAUUCUAGGAGUAGAGAACGUGAUACAACUAAAAGCAAACACAGUUAUAAUAGUAGAACAAGGGAACGAAGCCGAAGUAGGGACAGGAGCAGAAGAGUGCGAUCUAGAAGCCAUGACCGAGAUCGCAGCAGGAGCAAGGAGUACCAUAGAUACAGAGAGCAGGAGUACAGGCGAAGAGGAAGGUCUAGGAGCCGGGAAAGGAGAGCAACAUCAGGAAGAUCUAGAAGUAAAGAUAGGAGGAGGAGGAGGAGAGAUUCGCGAAGUUCAGAGAGAGAAGAGAGUCAAAGCAGAAAUAAAGAAAGAUACAGAAACCAAGAAAGUAAGAGUUCACACAGAAGAGAAAAUUCUGAUGGUGAGAAAAGAACAUACUCAAAAAGUCGUGAUCAUAUUAGCUCAAAUAAUAACAGGGGGCAAAAGGCUGAUAGAGAUCAAAGUCCAUUCUCAAAAGUCAAACAAAGUCAGGACAAUGAAUUAAAGAGCUCCACAUUGAAAAAUGAGGAUGAGAAGACCAGAUCCUCAGUGGAAAAAGAAAACCAAAAAUCAAAGAGUCAAGAAAAUGACCAAGUACAUGAUAAAAAUAAAAAAUUUGAUCAUGAAUCAAGCCCUGGAACAGAUGAAGACAAAAGUGGAUGAGUGAGUUGUGUAAACUUAUUUCAUUCUGUCUCAAAUGUUAAGUUUUAGAGACUUGCUAAUGUAUCUCCUUUAUGUUGUUUUCCUUUCAUUGUUUUUGGGUUGUUUUGUGUUUGUCUUUUUUUUUUUAAUGUGGACUUUAUUGAGUUGAUCUUUUGAUAAUCUGCAACCUGGAUAAUUUGUACUGCUAAAGUUUUAAUAAACUUGAAAUGAGAAAAAAACUUUGGUGUAAUAAUUGUGUGCUGUUUUAACUAUUUCAUGUAGGCAUUUUUGUGUUGCAACAGUCAGCAGGUGACAAACAUGCUCUCAUACACCCUAGUUUCUGUGACCAGCCAGUUUGAAACAAGCAUAUCUGAUUGUUGGAAUACUUUGUUAUAGAAGUUUGUGUUUCUCAUAUUAAGUAACUUUAAAAGCAAACAGGUAGAAGUCUUGCACUGAAUUUUGAUUGCAUUUAUGACAGAAGCUUGCAGCAGCACCUUUUAAUUAUACAAAAAUGGGAUCCUGAUAACUUGAUCUUAAAUGGUUAAUUAUUAUAGUAAUCUGUGCUUUUAAAGAUUCAGUUACUUAUACUUCAUAUCUUAUUUAUCUUACACUCAUAGCUUGCUUUAUAUUAAUA